UUGGCCCAUUGGCGGCGGCGCCGUGACGCAGCGACGCAGCGUGCGUGCCGUACGCGCUGACGUUGCGCGGCGGCGGCGGCGGUGGACGCUCCGGACCCUCCCCCGCGCUCCCAGCCCGGGGGGGCCCCUCGGCACCCCCCGCCCGCACCCCCCAUGCGCUGCCCGGCCCGGGGGGGCCCCCCCGCCACGUGAGGGGGGGCAGGGCCGCCUCCCCUUCCCCCCCACCCCCGCCCCAAACCCCGGCCGCGCCGCCCCCCAGCCCAGCCAUGAUGUUCCGGGACCAGGUGGGGAUCGUGGCCGGCUGGUUCCGCGGCUGGAGCGAGUGCGAGCAGACGGUGGCACUGCUGGCGCUGCUCAAGCGCGUCACCCGCACCCAGGCCCGCUUCCUGCAGCUCUGCCUCGAGCACUCGCUGGCCGACUGCCCCGACAUCCACCUGCUCGAGGCCGAGGCCAACAGCGCCGCCGCCAUCUCGCAGUGGCCGCAGGAGCCGGCCGAGGCGGCGGUGGCCCUGCUGCUGGCCCACCUGCCGCUGCUGCAGCCGGGCAACGCGGCGGCCAAGGCCGAGUACAUGAAGCGGCUGCAGAAGGUGCUGGCGGACGCCAUCGAGAGCAACCGCUGCGUGGAGGAGUCGCGGCAGCUGCUGUCCUACGCCCUCAUCCACCCGGCCACCACGGCCGAAGACCGCAGCGCGCUGGCCCUGUGGCUCGGCCACCUGGGAGGAGCGCCUGGCCCCCGCCCGGCCCCGCCGCCCCCCGCGCCCCCCCGGGGCCGGCCCCCGGCCCACGAGUGGCCCCCCGAGCCCCCCGAGCCCGGGGGCGGCGGCUCGGCGGGGGGGGGGGCGUGGGCAGAGCAGCACCCCCCGGGCACGGCCCCCCGGGAGAACGGGCACCCCCCGUUCCAGCCCCCCGGAGGUACCCCGGGUGCCCCCCCUCCAACGCUGUCCCCCUGUCCCCCAGCCCUGCCGUGCCAGCUGCACCCCAGCCCCCUGAAGCGCUCGCUGGCGCUGGUGCCCGGCAGCCCCCCAGGCCAGCCGGGCCGGCGGCGACUGGGCGGGGCCGGGGGGGCCCCGAGGAGCCCCCCGCGGCCCCCCGCGGGCCCCCCGGCGCCCUUCGGGGAGCACGCGCCGCUGUCCCCGCAGAGCAGCGUGGCCUCGUCGGGCAGCGAGCACACCGAGGAGCCCGGCGGGCGCCCUCCUUCCAGGGAGGACGGCAGCGGCAUGAAGGACGUCCCCUCGUGGCUGAAGAGCCUGCGGCUGCACAAGUACGCGGCGCUGUUCGCGCAGAUGAGCUACGAGGAGAUGAUGACGCUGACCGAGCACCACCUGGAGUCCCAGAACGUCACCAAGGGCGCCCGGCACAAGAUCGCCCUGAGCAUCCAAAAGCUGCGGGAGCGGCAGAGCGUCCUCAGGGCGCUGGAGAAGGACAUCCUCGAGGGGGGCAACCUGUGGACGGCGCUGCAGGAGCUGCAGCAGAUCCUGGUGACCCCCAUCAAGGCCUUCCGGCCCCCCCGGCCGCGCCCCCACCCCCCGGGCCCCCCGAUGGGGCCCCCCCCGAGGCCUUCGCGCCCCCCCCCGGCCCCUGAGGCCGAGGCCCCCGCGGCCCCGGUGCCCGACGGGGACAUCCCGGGCCAGUUCACCACGCGCGUCAUGGGCAAGGUGUGCACCCAGCUCCUGGUGUCGCGGCCGGACGAGGAGAACAUCACCAGUUACCUCCAGCUGCUUGAGAAGUGCCUGAGCCACGAGGCGUUCACGGAGACGCAGAAGAAGCGGCUCCAGUCCUGGAAGCAGCAGGUGCUGAAGCUGCUCCGCGCCUUCCCCAAGAAGGGGCCCCUGGACGGCCCCCCCGGAUACCGGCCCCCCAAAAGCUGGGCCUUCGGCUCCAACUCUCUCCCCAUAGCUGGCUCUGUGGGGGGGGGGCGGACGGGGGGGGGGGGGGGCCGCCCCUUCGCGCUGCCCCCCCGGGCCCUGCCCCCCCCCGCCCGCCUGGGGCUGCUGGGACCCCCUGGGGGGGCCCCCGCCCCCAGACCCCCCCUCGGAGCCCCCCCCUUGGGCACGCAGGGACGGCAGAGCCUUUGGUUCGGGGCCGGGGGGGGGCCCGGGGGGGUCCCCCGGAGCCGCGGGGCCGUGCAGAGGACGCACUCGCUGCCCGUUCACAGCUCGGCCCUGCUCGCCUUCCCCCAGGAGUGUCCCCCACCCGGGACGGACCUGGAGAUCAACCCCACGCUGGAGUCGCUGUGUCUGAGCAUGACCGAGCACGCGCUGGGGGACGGCACAGACAAAACCUCCACCAUCUGAUGGCGC